AUGUUUCUUAUAGAUGCAUCAGCCCCGCCGUCGGAUCUAGACGCUUCCACCGUUCUUCAACUGGAUGCUCUCUGCCGCCAAUGGAUGUUCUCCACCAUGGCCAAAAAUUUGAUGCUCACUGUUCUCAAAACCGGAAACACAGCGAAAGAGAUUUGGGAUCAUCUUCAACGUCUUUUCCAAGACAACAAAGGUAGUCGUGCCGCAACACUUGAGAGUAAGUUUGUAAACCUCAAAUUUAUUGAUUGCAAUGAUGUUGAUGAUUACUGUGAUAAGUUAAAGGCACUUGCAAAUCGAUUAAAUGACCUUGAUUUUCCCAUGAACGAUAAACGAUUGGUAAUACAACUUGUCAAUGGACUUCCGGAGGAGUAUAAUACUGUUGCUUCGUUUAUUCAACAAUCCAUGCCAUCGUUUGACGCCGCUCGGUCUCAACUACGCACUAAGGAGAUUCGACGUGAACAACAAUCCAUUUCCGGAUCACAUACCGCCCUUGCCGCUGCGAACAUCAACUCUCCUUCAUUUGUUGCCGCUGAAGUUCGUCAUCAAGGAUUUUCUGCGUCUCCUAUACACCGGCAGUAG